CCGGCGUAGCACAGAUUCCGCCGCUCUUUCUUUUCAGUAGAAAUCAGUUGGCCGCGCAAAUCGCACGGAUGCGGGCGGGCUAAAAUCCAAGAGAUACAAUCCCAACAAAAAAAAAAAAAGGAAAAUAAGCAGAGAUCAGUCAGAGAGAAAGAGAAAAGGUGGAAAAGACAUACUCCAAAUCAGAUCGAAUCGUGGCGGACUGAGAUAUACGCAAAAUUGAUGGUUUAAAUAAAUAAAUAAAUGAGUUUUCGGUGCGCGUCGAAAGUGCAGUGCGCGAUUUCUGUAUCAGUAUCCACAAUAAUAAUGCCCAAAAGCAUAAGACAAAAAUCCGAAAAAAUAUUUCGAAUAUAACCUGCAGCCAGCGGCAGCAAAAAACUCAUUAAUUUUCCAAAUUUCACCCAAAACAAAAAAUCAAACAAAUGAACGUAUCUCACGGAUGCGAAAUUCGGUGUGCGGCUGUAAUUUUAAACGCAUUUCUUGCGCUUGUUUUGACAUUGAAAUGAAACAACAAUAACAAUCGGAUAAUUGAAACGGAGAAAACCCACGCCAACGGAUAUACACCUGCCGUGAAAACAAAAAUUUAAGUUACAAAAACAAAUCUAUCUAACUAAAUCAAGGAGCUUGGAGAACUCAGGGAUUGCGAUAAGAUGACCACGCGUGGAAUUCGGCGCAAGAAGUCCACAUUGACGGAGUUGAAAAUCGCCGUGAUCGGAGCGCCCAGUGUUGGCAAAAGCGCCCUAAUUGUGCGUUUCUUGACAAAGCGUUACAUCGGGGAGUACGAUCAUCAGACUGAAAAUCGCUACAAGCACGAGGCAAUGGUGGAUGGCGAACCGGUGCUCUUCGAAAUACUAGACACAUGUCCCAAGGCUGAAGACGAAUACCCCAAUGCAGCUGAGCUCGUUCAGUGGGCCGAUGGCCUACUGCUGGUCUACUCGAUAACAGAUCGCAAGAGUUUCAACUAUAUACGCCGUGCCAAAUCCGAUCUUCAGUCCGAUACACCCGUCCAACUUUGUGCCAAUAAAGUGGACAUGGUGCACCUGCGCCAGGUGAGCCGCGACGAGGGCGAAAUCCUGGCCAAGGACUUUGAGUGCAAGUUCAGCGAGGUCUCCGCCGCCGACCACGUCGACCAGGUGGCCGAGGUUUUCAACGAGCUGUGCAAGGAGGUGCUGGCCUCUAAGCGCAAGUCCAAGCAGAGUCUGCUGGAAAGGAUGCUCGGCGGAGCACGACCCUACAGCCGAGGGAAGAGCGACAGCAAUUUGCCAAAAGACUGAUAGCGGUGAUGGGAUUUUUAUGUAAAUAAAUGUACAUUUUUCUAUAAAUCAAACGGAA